GUACUCAGCUGCACAUCAGGAAGGAAACAUUCCAGUUCAUCAGAGUCAAACUCUUCAAGGAAAAAUAUUCCAUCUGAUAUCAAAGAUGCAGUGGAGUGUGAUUCUGCUCUUUCUGAUGGGUCAGAGUUAUUUCAUCAACUGUCAGCUCUAUGAGUAUCACUACAUUAAUGAGGAAAAGAACUGGACUGAAGCUCAGCAGUACUGCAGAGAGAAACACACUGACCUGGCCACAGUGUCUAACAUGGCAGACAUGAAGAGACUCCUCAGUACCAGAGCAGGAAAUAAGGGGGAAGCUUGGAUUGGUCUGUAUGAUCAGACAGAUGUUAACAGAACAUGGUACUGGUCUCUGCCUGGAGUGGAGUUCAAUGAAAGGGAGACAAACUGGAGACCAGGAGAACCAAGUGAUAAAGGAAAUGGAAAUCCUGAGAACUGUGGAAUUUUAAAUAAUGACCUUACAUGGAUAGAUACUGGUUGCCAACAUAAAUACCAUUUCCUCUGUUAUGAUGAAACUAAUAGAACCCAGAAAUACAGCUUGAUUAGAGAGGAGAAGACCUGGCAGGAAGCUCAGAGUUACUGCAGAGAGAAACACACAGACCUGAUCAGUGGAAUGAAGCAGCUACAGGAUGGAGAACUGGAGGGAGUGAUGAACUUUACAGAGAUUUUAACAUACUUUGGUCUCUUCAGAGACACCUGGAGGUGGUCAGAUGGAAGCAGUUUCUCUUUCAGACACUGGAAUGACCAGUUAAACAAUCAGCAAUAUAACACUGGUCGAUGUGCCAUGGCUGUAUUUGAUGAUGAAGGCAGAUGGAAGAAUAACAGCUGUGAUCAGAAAAAACCCUUCAUCUGUUAUGAUGAUAAAGUGAUACUAGUCCAAGAAAACAAAUCCUGGGAGGAUGCCUUAGACUACUGCAGAAAAUACCAUGUUGACCUGGUCAGCAUCACCAACCUAGAUGAGCAGAGAUGGAUCCAGGAGAAAGCCAAGAACGCCUCGACUGAUUAUGUCUGGAUGGGACUGCACUACGCCUGCACUCUGGAUUUGUGGUUCUGGGUCAAUGACAAAUUGGUCAGGUAUGAGAACUGGGCCUCAGAUGCCCCCUGGAACUCUGGGGAUGGCUCCCACUGCAUGCUGUGGAGAAACAAUCCUCCUGGAUUCUACUCCUUCCUCUGGAUUCAGUCUGAACUCUUAACCAGUUUCCUGCAAUCCUAA